CCAUUGGUGGGUUCCCAAUGUUGCCAAUACGCAUAACGAUUUGUUAAAGUGAUUGAUAAGAUGGCUACGUUACCAUCUCCAACGCAGGUGGCUGGAGACCACAGUGCUAUUUAUGAAGCGUGCUUCAAUUUGGUUGAUCCCAGCGGCGUGGGAUCUGUAGGAGGCAUGGAUGCCGCCAGAUUCCUAAAACGAUCCGGUUUGAGCGAUGUGGUUCUUUCGCGCAUUUGGGACAUUUCCGAUCCCGGAGGCAGAGGCACUUUGGAUAAGGCUGGCAUGUUUGUGGCUCUAAAGCUGGUCGCUCUCGUUCAAAGCGGAUGGGACUUGAGCAUCGACCAUGUUCUUGAAGAUGUGCCCGCACCGAAAAUGGGCGAUAUACCUAUGCCUAAGACUAAACCUCUCCCGCCUUCCACUACACCACUGAUCACAUCACUUCCACCAUCGGCAGUGGAUUGGACGGUCAAACCUCACGAGAUGGACAAGUACUUGAAUUUGUUCGAAUCCCUCAAACCAUCCGGGGGACUGUUACCGGGCAAUAAAGUUAAAGAUGUUCUGCUGGAAUCCAAACUACCCUUUGAUACUCUAGGAAAAAUAUGGGACCUGGCCGAUCAGGACAAGGACGGCAAGCUGAAUAAGCACGAAUUCGUUGUGGCGAUGCAUUUGGUAUAUAAAGCGUUGGAAAAGUACGCGAUUCCCAAUAAGUUGCCCACUGAACUGGCCGCAUUAAAGAUAUCACAACCCUAUGGAAUGGCGCCAAUUAUUCCAUUAAAUCGACUGAUGAACAUCGUCAAUCCCGAGGUUCCUCAAGCCACUCAACCCAUCAAGCCAGCUCAAUCGGCACCCCCAUCCGCUCUAUGGGUGGUAACGGCGGAAGAAAAGGCAAAAUCCGAUGAACUGUUCACCAAAAGCGAUGUGGAUAAGGACGGGUUUGUGUCCGGAGCUGAAAUUAAGGAUGUCUUUUUGCGUAGCGGAGUGGCCCAGCCAAUGCUAGCCCACAUUUGGGCAUUAUGCGAUAUCAACCAAACCGGGAAGUUGAACAAUGAGCAGUUUGCCUUGGCCAUGUGGUUCGUGGCCAGAUGCCUGAAGGGUUCCGAUCCUCCACCGGCAUUAACUCCGGAAAUGAUUCCACCGAGUUUCCGAUCGACGAAACCUGCCGAGGGGCUUGUGGAGAACAAUAACACCAGAUACUCAAAUCCCGAAUUGGACAUGAUUAGCAAGGACAUCGAGGAACUAUGCAGAGAGAGACUGGCUCUGGAAACUGACAUUGCACAAAAGGAGGCAGACAUUAAAAUAAAAAUAGGAGAAAUAAAAAACCUACAGAGUGAACUGGACACGCUGGCCGCCACUCUUAAGCAGCUGGAAAACCAAAGAGGCGAAGCGCAAAAGCGCCUAAACGACCUGAAAGCGCAGACAGGCACGGUAUGCAUUGAUUCUGCCACAUUUUCCACAGAACUCGGCCUGGAUGAUGAUAAGGUGGAUAAAUUAAGGACACAGGCAAAUGAGCAGGCGGAAUUGGUGGCCACUCAGGAGGCCGACUUAAAGAGCAAGAAGGAGCAACUGGAUGGUCUUCGACAGGAGGAGCAACAGUUGGAGGAGCAGAAAAAAGAGAGCUUGAAAAAGCUGGAAUCGAUUACGACGAAUUUACAGGAAACGCAGUUCAGUAUAAGCCAGUUGAAGGCCCUGUCCACUCAGCUCCAAGAGCAAACGAGACAGAUAACGGAUGCCAUAGAUGUUUGCGAAACCGCCAUUCAAUCGGGAGAUGCUGCCCAGGUUCCGGAGCAGGUUUUGCGAAUUACCAUCGACUUCAGAGACGCCGAAUACGCGAAACUGGGCUUAACAAACGGCGAAUGCAAACAGAACGGACAAGGGAGUGAUCCGUUUAGUCGGCACAACGAUUCCAAUGGGUUCGAUGACAAUAUGUUUGAAAAUGACCCAUUCAAGAACAAAAACGCCACCGAGACUGAAGACCCGUUUAGAGCCGCCUUUUCCAAGCCCGUUAAUGAUGGAUUUAACGCCGAUCCAUUUGGGGCUCCUUUCAGCAACGCGACCGAUCCGUUCAACGAUUUCGACAAUGCGAACAUUCAAACUCCCGGCGUGCAAGCGGAGCCCGAAAAAGAUCCCUUCGGUUGCGACCCCUUUGCGGUCCUGCAUGCCCCAACGAGGGAGAGUUUGAGCACUGGACCGCCCCCGCCGCGUCCCUCCAGCCCCAGUCCAGCGCUGCCCCCUAAAAAAAGUAAGCAGCCGCCGCCUCGUCCUGCCCCGCCUCGACCCACCCAGCCGCCUGCAAUCAAGAAGUCGCAGGAUUCGUUUGGCAGUGAACCGUUUGAUGCUGGCUUUGCUAGUGGAACUGGAUUUGCCGACUUUUCAAACUUCGAAGCCAAGUGCUUGCAUCGCAGUGUCCUUGUAGAUCUCCUGUUGCCUUCGGCGUCUCCCUUGUCCCAUUCCUGUUCCCAUUCCAGGUUUUCUUUUCACGUUUGGAGCGAGCGCUUGUUAUCAACCAGUCGGGCAGCACCCACUCGGCCGGCCCCAUCCAAGGGUCUGGAUUUUUCCGACGAUCCGUUCAAAGACUACCGGUAUGAGGAUCCGUUCAAUAUCACGUUCGAUGAGGACGCAGCAGACGAUACUAGUGGUAAAGAUAAAACAGUUAAAACGAAAGCCAGCCCUUUGGAUGCGUUUGGGGGCCCUUUCGAAGACAAAUUUGACCCGUUCGGUCUCGAAGGGCGGCAGUCAGUUCCGCUGAAGCCGCCCCCGAACGUGCCCAUUCCAAGCGGAAGGGCGUCCGCCCCCAUUGGGCAACUGCCCAGUGAGGACCAACAGCUAAAGUGGGCGGCCAGGGAGAGCAUGCGGGCUGAGCUAGAGCGGCGCAGUCGAGAGGAGCAGGAACAGCAGGAACUGGAGAUGGCGUUGCAAUUGAGCAAGUUUGAGUUGAACAAGCGCUGACCAAUAGAAUCGAGCAGUUUAUUGUGAUUUUUACCAUUAGAGGAACUAAUUGCUAGGGUUCGUGUAUAGAAACGCAGUGGCAGACUUCCACAUAUCGUUUUUGCCAAAUAGUAGCUUUAGUUUGCUGGUUUUGUGCGGUUUGUGGCCCGACGCAAAGGAAUUUUGGCCCGGUUGCCGUUUAGAACUGCAUCUACUCUAAGAUGCAGGGUGGUCCAAGCUAAAGGCUUGUUUAUUUACCAGACUUUUCACACGUUUCACUCUUAAAUAUUGUCGACUCAUUUUUUCAACAAUCUCUUACUAAUCAAGCCUUUUUCGAAACGAUUAUCGGACCUUUAAUUCCUUGCAUAUUUCAAGCAAGACUUCUUUUUUAUACUUUCACUUCUUUAUUUACAAUAAAUCAUCCACUCAAAUUUCCUCGGUUCUAGAAUGCUCAUUUGUAGAUAUUCGCCGGUUGUUUGGCGCACAAAACAUACGUUACACGGACAAAAACGACUCAUUUUGGAACUGUAUGAAUUCUGACUGCUUAGAGAGAUUUGAGUCCUGUAUGAAGCGUUAUUUAGUGCGUGUUUUUGCCAAAAAAAUGUGGCUCAAAUACAGUUUCUACAGGGUGGCAAAUGAACCAAUGCACUAUUGCUGAAAGUUUCUCACAUUUGUUUUGUAUUUCAACACCACAGGUAUUAAGGUAAACCGAAAGUUUGAAAAAAGUUUUUGAAUUUUGCGCUCAUCUCGUGUAUGUACAUGAUGGUCUCAAAAAACUCAUCGGAAUGGUAGUCAACAGUCUGUUAGAGUCGCAGGUUUCGAGGGCAAUUCUGCUUUGGGUCAUUUUUUAUGCAACCCCAUUUUGUCUUAAAUUGUCUUGAAGUUUUAGCUUCAACAUGACCAAGAGCGGAAAAGCUAUCGCUGCAAGACCAAACAGUUGAUUUUUUGAGACCACCCUGUGAGAGAGAGAGAGACCACCCUGUGAGAAGAGAUGGCCGAAAAAUUCCAAAACCGCCUUGAGCUAUUUGGAUCGUCUUUAAGCUUGUGAUGUUGACAUCCAAAAAAGUUGAUUUUGUCCAGCCAGCAGCAUGUCGAACUUUGCAAAGUUUUCGUUUUUCCCUUUGCCACCUCGUAGAAAUGUAUCUGAGGUGCUUAAUUUUUACGAGAACAUGAAUAAGAUUUCCAAAACGCUUCAAAUAGAAGCCAAAUCGCUAGAAGCAAUCAGAAUCCAGGUCCAAAGUCAGGGCAAAUUAGCUGUGUAACGUUCAGUUUAGUUGUGAAGCUGUCGCUGUUUCCUGUCGAUUAUCGUACGAAUCUAAGCCCCUUCGUGUGUCUCAAAGCCUUAAUAUAUCGUAGAUUCGUGCAUUUACUAGAUAAUGACUUAGUUGACUUAGAGUUAUUCAGUCUAGCUGCCAGCUUGGAGCUGCUGAUUUGUUUCCUCUAGUUCUUCAGUGACUAAAACGAAUUAAUUUGUCGCUUUGUCCGUGUCCAAGCUGGACUAAGGGUGGGCUUUUGCUGAAAAUGCACCCCAAAUUCACCUACUAGUUUGAGAGCGAGUGGACGUUCCUCCACUUUGACCAAGAUGGUUUCAACUCUAGUCAAGGGUAAUAGGCAUGUAGUGAAUAAAUAGAAUAUUAAUCUUUUAAAUUAAUCUAGAAAGUAUAACGAAAAGACAAUUGCUUUCGUAUGUUUUUGAGAACUGCAAUACUCCAAAGCCAUCAUUUCAGCUUGUUCUUUGUUAAGUUAUUCUAGUUAGACGACUUGUUAUGUGUAUAUAUUGUUAUCUUAGCCCAUAAGUUAUUUACAACAGUAUUCUCAUUUCCACUUUUAACUUGUAAUGUGUAGAUACUUUUUAUUUCAAUAUACUUUGAUUUAAUUUUUUAAAUUUGGUUCCAUGUUUGUCAAGCCCUUGCCCGGUCUUCACAUACUCCGAAACCCUGUACAUAGUUGUUAAGGCAUUACCGUAAGUUUAUAUUUACACCUGAUUAUGUCAGAACCUGACAAUAUCCUUUAUUACAUACAUACAUAACGCAUAAGUAUAUAUUCGUAGCUUUACUAAUACACACUGUACAAAAAUGGUGUUUCUUGUUGACAUUGUUAAUUUCUUCUGUGCCUCUUGAUGAAUUCAUUGUCUUGUGAAUAAAUUUGGUGUAAAUCUUU